CGAUCAUCGCAGGUGUCCACUCCCCCCUACAGCUUGUGCGUGCGAGUGAGCGAGCUCUUCACAGCCGUCAGCCGGUAGCUCUUCAGCAUCCAAUCAUUGGCCCAUAAAUAAUAAGCCUUCAAAGACAGGGCAGCAACGCGGCCAUUGCCUACCUCCUCCGGCCAAGAUGGCGAACCAGCUUCACCCGGCCACCUCCGGUGACCGGUCGUGGUCGGCCGACGCCCACUUGCGCUCCCUCAAACCCCGGAGAAACCUGGACCCAUGCUGCGGCGUCGUCGGACUGGCCAUCGUAGCCGCCCUCGACAACACCGCCGGAGCCGAGAGCACUCCGCCGCCCUCCACGAUCGUGAGCGCAGUUACUUCUUCUCGGACCUCUAAUCUGUAUUCUGGCGGUACGUCUACUGCGGCAAGUGUCUGCAGUGGUGAAUUUCCAACCGAGUCUCCGGCGACAAUGAUCGGAGGAGCGUUCGAGGGGUUCCAGGUGACUGAUUUCCUUAGCCGGUGCAACCUUUGCAAGAAGUGGCUGCAUGGAAAAGAUAUCUACAUGUAUAGAGGAGAGAAGGGGUUUUGCAGCACGGAGUGCAGGUACAAGCAAAUGAUCAUCGACGAGAAACAGGAAAUUUAUGGGUCGCAAACCAUAAAGAAGUUGACGGAGAUGCCGAGAUCGCCGUUCGCCGCCGGCGAGAACUUCUUUCCGGGCCUUGCCUUGUUGUGUCUGACGGCGUUUGCACUUCAUUAAGGAAGACAGACUGCACUUAGUUGAUAUUUUCAUAAUUAAAUAUAUUAAAAUAUUUUAAGAGUA